AUGUACAGAAUAGACGUUUCAGAUUUUUAUGACUUCCAAGCGUUCAGAAAUAUGUGUCCAUUUAGAGACUAUAACAAAGCAGUCGAGAAUUUGAAACGUUUAGUCAUUUAUGUCGACUCUGCCCCAGAAUGUUAUGUCAUGAAAGAAUGGGAUGUUGUCUUUAACAAACCAAGAGCAACCAUAGUUUCAGAACAAGAAUGUAGACAGAAACUUAAGAAAAUAAAAGUCGUACAAGUUGGUAUGAAGAUGUUAGAUGCUUGGGAUAUCUUAUUGUCAAAGUUAGAAGAUUUUUCAGUUCGUGGUAUAAAGUUCUAUACACCAUCUCCAAACUUCUAUUCUAUCUUCACUGGAUAUAAAUACGAACAAGUAGAAUGGAAAGAAAAUGUUAUAGAAGCUUGGUUAGACCAUGUCAAAGAAAUUAUAUGCAAUGGAAACGAAAGAGUCUAUGAGUAUAUCUUAUGUUGGUUUGCAAACAUCUUACAACAUCCAAGUGCUAAAAAUGAAACUGCUCUCAUUAUAAUUGGAAAACAAGGAACUG